AGCCCCUGGCACUCCACCAACCUGGCCUUUGUAAGCGGUCACUAAUCCAAUUAGUCCCCAGACUCCACCUGUAUAUACACUGUGUACUAGAUUGACUUGAUUAGAUUGGGACAAUGGCCAGGUAUGGCAGAAAUUCAAUUAGUGGCUACUGCAGUUUUCCCAUAUUGAAAAAAAAGUGGGGGAAAUGGUGCAUCUAUUUAAAGGGAAUGUGGCAGUAUACAAGAGCUAAAUUUAGAAAUCAUACUAAAGAUAGAACAAAACAAUAGGGGCACAGUGAAAGAGUCAUGUUUAGUAACGUUUCUAAAUUUAGCCUUUAAACCACGAGUUUGAUGGCUGCUGUAAGCCAUAAAAUAUGUAAAAAACACCUUGUCUUGCCUUACUGUUACUUUCUUGCCCAAAAAAUUGUAGAGAACGUUUUACGUCCUCUCUCUUCCUCACUCCCCACCCCAGUUGCCCACGGUAACCAGUAUUUCUUCACAAACACCAACGACAUCCGGAAACUGAGCAACGAUCAGAGUCAGGUCCAGAUUCUCUACACAGACAGUGACCAUCCCCAGGCUCUAGAUUUCAAUUCGUGCAAAGGGAGUCUAGGGAUCUACUGGAUCAGUCUCCUGGACGGCAGAAUUCACCGUGGCAACCCUGACGGAGGAGGCCAGGCUGAAUACGUUAUAAGCGAUGAUGUCGUGAGGCCAAAGGGCAUCGCCGUCGACUACGUGGGGAGCAACAUCUACUUCUCCCAACAGACCAACAUCAGAAGUAAAGGUAGAAUCGAGGUUGUGAGUUGUGAUGGCGCCCAUAGAAAGGUGCUUCAGACUGGUCUGGUAGAAGGCGGUCCACUUGCACUGGAUAUCGCCAAUGGAUACUUGUACUAUGCCGACGGUCCUUACAUCAAGAGGAUUAACACAAACGGUGAAAAACAAGGUCGACAAGAUUCAGGCACCGAGCAACGUCACCGGUCUCGCAGUUGACGCCUCGCUAAACCGGUUAUACUGGACUUCAAACGGGGAGAUCCGGUUUAUCGACCUCUCGCUGGACGACCCUUUGCCGCAGACGAUCGGCACCAGUUCCGUUCCGUAUGGGUUAUCGGCAUCGGACGGCACACUUUAUUGGACGGUUCUCGGCAACAACGUGACUUCACUCCCUGGGGCUAUUUACAUGUUGGUCGUCAACGGCGAUGAUGACACUAGUCCGACUGUUCUUCACGAGAGCAUGGAUAUUCAUCCUCGAGACGUCAGCAUUUCUUCUGAAAUAACUUCGUUGGACGAAGGUUGCGGGAAUGACAACGGCGGCUGCGACCAGCUCUGUUUCUCUGUCCCGUCUUCGACUGGACAAGGGACGAUGCCCGAGUGUGGGUGUAGUACCGGGAUUCAAGAGGACCCCGUCUCAAACCUGUGCCCGAGAGUUCCAACCAAUUUCCUUCUCUUCGGUCGUACCAUCACCGACACCCUCUCCCGCAUUUCCAUGGUUUCCCUGGACACGGACAGAGACGUGUCUGUCCUCCUUCCGUUCCAAAUACCGGGAUACGGAGCCAACUACAUCUCCUAUGACAUCACCACUCUCUCUGUCUACUGGGACGAAAUGAGUCCGCCUGCUAUCAAGAGAUCGGAGAUUGAUUCCGGCGAAGUCGACACUUUCAUUUCGACCGACAUCAGACGUGUAUCAGGUCUGGCUGUGGAUCCAUUCAGCCGGAACCUCUAUUGGAGUGACAGUGCGUUGGACAGAAUUGAAGUCGUCUCGCUCUCCUCAAAUGACCGUGACGGACGGCGGGCUAGAAGAGUGCUGGUGAGUGGAGAUAUCCACACGCCGCAGUCACUCUCGCUGGACCUCAUGAAUGGGUACAUGUACUGGGUAGAUAGGGAGAGCGGCGAGCCGAGGAUCGAGAGGGCCAGACUGGACGGCUCCGAGAGACAAGUGUUCCACAGGGGAACAUCACACGCCCCCACGUUCAUAGUUGUCAACCCGGCCAGUGACGACGUGUUCUGGUCUGAUGAUGAAGAUGGCGACAUUAACACCGUCGAUUCCAACACGGAGCGUGGAUUUCCUGUUGGCGCAAUUUCCGUCCACGGACUUGCCAUAGUAGAUAAUGAGUUGUACUGGACGGAUGGAUUCGAUGGUAAAAUCGGCGUGGCAACCAUUAGGGAGGAGGAGGGGGAGGGUCCGGAGGUGAGGAGAGGUGUCACGUUCUUCGAAAACAUCGACGGAGUCAAGGGAAUCGUUGCCGUGGAUACCGACCACUUUAUAGACAACGACAACUUGUGUGCUCUAAGCCACGGCUGCAGUCACAUAUGUCUCUUCAACAGCUCAGCUGUCUGCCAGUGUCCUGACGGGCUCCAGUUCCAAUCUGACUCUCACCAAAUAUGUACAGAACCAGAUGGAUAUGCGGUAAUUGCACUCGCUGACAAGACAGGAGAAACCACGACAACUUACCUCGAGUUGUACACCCGAAGUCUGAACAUUCUGACUGAAAUGUGGGCGCCUGAAUCAUCUUGUCCUGGCGGCAUGUGCACAGAGACGGUCGACAUCGUUUCCAUGGCGAUUCAUCUCCGUGACGACGCAGCAAUAGAUGUGUACUACGUUCAAAGGACCGACAAGCUUAUUUAUCGUCGCUCCAUCACCAUUGGCAACCCGGAAUCUGACAUCGGAGAGGCCACACCCAUCAUCACCUGUUGCCUAGCAACCCCGAAAGAUCUAGCAGUUGAUUGGUUGGGUCGCAAUCUGUACUGGACUGAUUCAUUGCGAGGAGUUAUCGAGGUAUCUCUGCUGAGUGGGAGAUCUCGUCGUGUGCUGUACUCUGAACUGGACCAGCCUUCGUUGCUGGUGCUCGAUCCUCGCAGGGGUGACCUCUUCUUCACGCAAGGCGACACCAAAAUCAUAUAUCGUCGUAAGAUGGACGGAACUAGUGAGACGUCAGUCAGCAUCUGCAACAGCGUCAGAAACUGCACUCUCCAUGGCUACCCAACCAUCGUCAGAAUCGUCUCCCUGUCCAUUGAUUUCGAUCCCUCCCCCAUGUUCCGCGACAAACUCGUCUGGUCGUACUGGUCCGGUACCGAGACCGUUACCGUCGGUUACGACCUGGGCGGAGCCGACAGCGACCCCCACCUCAUCAGACUCAUCUCGCCGCCAGCCAUUUCCUCAUCUCUCUACUUCAACCAGUCACUGUAUUAUUCGAAAGAAAAUUCGGAGAAAAUCGACAAGUGGUUCGAUAAUGGUGGAACGCACGACGUUUUCUCUCUCACGGGUAUCGAAGGGUCAGAGUUCACUUUCCUCGAUUUCUCCAUCGUUCAUCCGCGGACGCAACCUGGCUAUCACGAAUGCACGGCAGGAGAAUUCUGCACCGGACAUCAUCCGCUAUGCCUCGUACAAGACCACAUAUACGGCAGCUGCAUCUGUCCACUCGAUUCAUUCAAGACUGUUCACGUCGACACGCUGCUUGGUCAACGCACGGAAGUCUGCACACAGGCAAACAGUUUCGUGAUACUCGCCACUAAAACCGACAUAUACUACUACCCGUUGCCUAGCGACCUAACAGAUGCGGAGGUGACCUCUGAACCCCGCAUUGUACCGAGGGGUAACCAUAGCGAUGUUGUUGCCGUGACGUACGACCCUUACAGUCAAAGCAUCAUUUGGUUGGAAAAGGGAACAAACCUACUUUACAGUGUCACAGUGGAAGGCCUCGAGUCUCGUGUCCUGGGCCGGUUCCCAGACCGCGUCAGUCUCCGUUCCAUGUCACUGGACUGGAUCGGGGGCCAGGUUAUCUUCACGGAGACCACGGGGUACCAGGUCUCGUCGGCCAGCGUGCGAGGAGAGGGGGAGAACUUGACCGUGGGCUCGGUGGUCUCGGCGUACCUGGUGGAUGGAGACGUCGUGUUUCCUAGUCAGCCCCGGGGUGUCCUGUUUGACGAGACUAGCAGAUCCAUCAUCUGGCACGAAGAAGGGAGGCAAAUCUUCAAAUCGGCUCUCGGAACACCUCGAGACAGUCUCUCUCCUCUUCUCGCCGAAUCAAGCGAUCGAACCAUUGAAUAUCUCACCUUUGACCCCAGUAUUGGCUACGUGUACUGGUGGAAUAGAGACGCAAAGAAAAUCGAGGGUGAAGCCGCCAUACUCUACUGCAACGUCACUCGUAAACUCGACGACGGAGAUUUCGAGUGUCGCCAAAAGUACCUGUCGUGGUCGCCUGGCAACCUGAAGAAUGCACUACUGGCGAUGAUGUCAUUUGACGUGUCACGAUACAACGCUAUCGAUACAGUGUCCUGUGCCCAGUUCCAUACCUCGUGUGGCGGCAGUCUGGAAUGUUUCCCAAACACGUACGCCUGCGACGGAGUUCAGCACUGUACCAACGGAUUCGACGAAACUAACUGUGUCACGACCACACCCCCUACCUCCACUACCAAGGACCCCUCGACUUCGGGCUCCGCCAAUUACGUCACCAUCAUCACCGUGACGACCAUCUUUGUGAUGCUCGCGUUCUUCGUCUUUGUCAUUUUCUGCGUGUCCGUCCGCUGCAUCGCUCGUCAGAAACGCCGCCGACAACGGUUCCAUUUCCCCCCCACCUCAAAGGCCGGCAGCUCCCCUCCCCCAAGAAGCGACAGCUCGUCCAUCUACUCCGGAAUGUCUAGUCUGGGGACCGAAUCCACAAAUUUCAACUGCGGUUCACCUCACCCGGACCCCUUCGAGAAGAGAGCCGUGUUUCAUCCGGAGAGGAGCACCCACAUCAGUAAUCCUCCUCCGUCGCUGAUCACUGCUGCCAGGCGACAGUCUCAGCUGCUAGAGGGAGAGGAAGAAUCACAAGCCGACCCUUGCCCCCCACCCUGUCCAUCCGUCGACUGGGAGAACAUGAGUGCCCUCUCGUACUCCGCCUCCCAAGGGGGAAUGAGGCUCACCACCAUGAACGGUGGGGGGCAGGGGGCCGAAAAUUACUACAACAGACCCCCUGGGUUCAGGGGUCAUCAUCAUCCUCAUCACCCGCAGGCGGAGAACCCCCUUCAUUAUCACGGUGGUUUCCGUGGUAACACCCACGUGUAUCACCAUCACCAUGGAAACGGGCGUCCGUACGGAGUACCAGGGGGAAGCUCCGCGGGAACGAGCUACGUUAGUCACAGUGUCCCUCACCCCCGUCGCUCCGUGGGGGACUCCCAUCAUUACCCGCCAAUCUCCAUGUCUCGUUUACGUGGUAACGCCAGGGGCGUCUAUCCGUCAGACCUCCCCAACUACGAAGAGGCAGAGACGGAGACCGUGUUCUCGCAGUCGACGAUACAAACUGAAAACGGAAGUAAUUUCCCGUUCGACGACAGGACUCCCCCCGGCCGUCCGCCGUCCCCGGCAACCAUCACGGAGUACUCUGAGAGAGACUUGCAGCAGCGUGUUCCUCUGUCGCCCGCUUCAGAGUACGAUGAAGAAGAGGAGGAGGAGGGAGAGGGAGAGGGAGGGGGUGGGGGUGGGGUGACAGUGGAGGAUCAACCAUUACAUUUACAUGAAGAUCAAGUUUAG